GUGCCCUGAUUGAGGGAAGACAGGCUGUGAGACCGAGUUAAUUGAUACACUCCAGGAUGCGCAAGCCGACUGUCGAUGUGCUCGCUGUCGGGGCCUUGCUCUGCGUGUCGCUGUAUCUGACAUGGACGCUGUUCAGCUUCGCCAGAGAGGUGGACCAGCUGUUACUGUUGGAAGCCAACAUGCCAGCAGCCCGUUCGCCCAAACCUACUGAUUCGUGGUCCUGGAUAGGGAACGACCACCCUGUUCGUCUUCCAAUAGAAGAACGACCUGUCAAAAUGAUCGUUCAAGAAAGCACGCAUUUCCCCCUAUCUGGACCCGAAGCCAAAGACGAAUGGCUAUGGACCGCCACGGUCGGCGACGGGCACGUCCGCCUGGGCAAAGACAUGCGCAUGUUCGCUGUCGCCAUGUUCCACCAACUCCACUGCCUCCGAGGCGUCCGCAACGCCCUCGAAAAGGGCUGGAAGAACCUCCACCCAGCUCGGAAAGGCCACAUCAACCAUUGCUUCAACUAUCUGCGGCAGUGGGCCCUAUGUUCUGCUGAUGUUACGCUGGAGCCGGGAGACUUUAUGACGAGGAAUUUCACGGUUGAACGGGCGGGGGCGACACAUACGUGUGUCGACUGGAUUCCUGCGUACGAUUUCAUGCGAGACCAAUGGCGAGCAUGGGAAAAAUUUCGAGAUGAGCACAAUAUUCCUAUACACGACGAUGUCACGUAG